UAUAUUUCCCAGAAAUAAUUUUAAAUUUGACAAAGUUUUUCUAUUUUAGUUAUAAUUUCUGUUUCAAUAUCUGUGCAGAUGUGAUGGAGUGUUCCUCACCUCUUUUUUCUCCUGGCGGAGACACUGAUUUAAAUAUGGUUUCUAUGGAGAGGUUAGCUGCCCAACAUCCAUGUCAUUCAACACCUGCUUCUUGGGGAUCUGAUCAGGAUAACACUGCCAAUUCUGGCCAAGAAUUUUCUAUGAUGCUUGGAUAUGGCAAUCCUGGUGUUUUGAGUAGUUCACCUUUUCACAGACUCCAAACUCAAGACACAGAUAUUCAUGAAGAAUUAAGUGAUGGAAGUGAAACUAGUGCUUGGUGCACAAGUGCAGAAUUACUUGUGAAUCCAGACAGUAUGGAUUCAAUUGAUUCAAGACAGAGAAAGAGAGUUUUAAGUGAAAGUGAAGGAGAGGAACGUCAAGGUAAACCAAGAAAAGUAUCUCAGAACAGAGAUACAAAAAUUUCAGGAGAAAGGAAGUGUAUACAAUUAACUGGAAAUUUUCCAGAUCAAACCUCAUCUGUGUUGGAUAGGAACAGACAAGAUAACAAAAAUGAUGAUCACUUGAGAAAUUCUGGAAGAAUUAUUAAUGGUAAUAGUAGUAGUGGUAGUAGAAUUGGAAAUAAUCCUUGUGGACAAGGGGAUAAAAUAAGAGCAGGAUCAUCUACUCAGACUCUUGAUCUUAUUAUGGAAACAUCUUCAGAAAGUGACAGCGAUAUAGACAUUAUAAGUCUUAGAGCUCCAAGAAGGCAAAUGAGAAAUAAUAAUUACAGUCUCAGAAAUAAAAAUUCCACUUUAGAAAAUCAUACUCAAGCAAGAGGAUCUACUGAUGCUUGCAGAUCAACAUUCCAUAAGGAUGUGAAUUCAGAAAAGAAGCAACUUAAAGAAUCUCAUGUGAUGGCAGGGCCAUCUGAAAGACGCACUAGCACCGAAAGAGGCAAUAGUAGUUGGAAAAAUCUGGAUUGGCCAAUAGCUCCUGAUCUACAGUUAGAUUGUCUUUCGAGUGAAGAUGAUGACAGCAGUAUAGAAGUGGUUAAAAUUGAACCAGCUAGGUAG